GGUGCGGUUAUGCAGAGUAUCGCUGCCUUCGGAAAUCAGCAACAAACUCCUCACCAUUUAAAAGAAAGUGGUCUUUUCCGGAUACAUCCAGAUGAUGAUCCAAUCAGAGUUGCAAUCACAGAUUUUGAUUUGAAGAAUAAAAGUUACAUCGCGAAAGGUUCUUUCGGAAAAGUAUAUAAGACAAGCUUUCGUGGCGGAUUGGACGUUGCCGAAAAAAAAUGUAUUUUCAAGGAGAGGCGUGUCGAAGAUUACGAACAUGAACAACACAUCUCGCUAGAAUCUUGGUAUAGAGAAUUGUCCUUUCAUGGAUCGAGCAAGCAUGAGCACAUAGUCCGGUUGCAUGGGUUCAUUGCUAUAUCUGCUGAUAUAUCAAACGUUCCACUCCCGGACGGCAAAUUGCGGCCCCUCGAUCCAAACCGCCCCAAAGCACUGCACUUGUUUUUAGAACUAAUGACAUGCAGCUUUAGAGAAAUUCUGAAUUGUUUGUUCGACAAAUCACAUUCUGAUUACAGUAAAACCCCUUUUAAGUGCCCUGAGGGAAAAGUGCAAGUUGAGCCAUUUAGAGCAUUUCUGAAGCAUGUUUGCAGCGGACUGAUCUACCUCCAUGAUAAUGGGUACAUGCACCGGGACCUGAAGCCGGGGAACAUUCUUCUGAAGGUUGAAGACGGGAGAGCUGUUGCUAAACUAGCUGACUUCGGAACCAUCAAGGACUACAAAGAGACGACACGAGGCGAGGAGAAGAACCUCCACUCUGCUGAUCCAGGGACCACCAAGUACGGGGCUCCUGAGGUGAUCUACAAUGAGGGACCCUAUACUAAGUCAUGUGACUUGUGGUCUAUCAGCAUUACUUCUGUGCAACUCAUAUCUGGAUAUCACCCGGUGGUUACAGACGAGAGCCAAAACUCUACAUCAAGAUCCAGCAACACCAUCUACUGCCGGAGAAUCUCCAGUGACGAUCCCUUCACUGAUCUGCCUGAGAAAGUGGGACUAGGAGGUGAACUUGGUGAAAUACUAGGGAAGUGUUUGGAGAGGGACCCAGAGGAGCGCCCUAGUGCGGGAGACGUGUUGGAGGUAGUUGGUGGUUUGGAGAAUGAUGGAGUGUUGUUGUGGGAAUGGUUUAAAGAUCUUGGUAUUGGCGAGGAUAUUGAAUCGAAACGUACUGGAAAGAGAUAAAUGGACGCUUCGAGUGCUUUUAGUGAGGUUGGUAGAUGGAGCGGAACCAAGUUUAGUUGAGCUUGUUCUUAAGCUUCAAUUAUUAUAGACAUCUUUUAAUUGAUCUUAAUCAUUCAUUUUUAUAUGUUAUUUGAUAUAACCGAAUAUUUUUCUAAUCUCUUUUAUUUUUCUACUAUUAAUUGUAUAUUGUAUUUAUAUAACGAUUCAGAAAUUUCGCUUCUGAUUUUAUCCAUUUUGUAUGUCCACUUAGAUAUAAAUUUGUAACGUUGAUGAUGCUUAAUUCGGGAUGAUCCUUCUACAAUAUUAUGUAAAAUAAUUUUUAGUUUUUAAAUUACUGGUUCAUUUAAAUGUUAUUGCCUUCAGACACCGACACUAUCGGUGUUUUUGCCAUCACUUUGAAGUUGAACCUGUCGGACUGGCUCAAAGUGAUGCCAAAAAACAGCCGAUUAAUUUCUAACCAUCGUUUCACGAUAUAAAUAGUCAGAAUUUCUGAUAACAAUGAGACUCCCAAUUAUGUGUAUUUAUAUUUUAAUUUUGGGCUUGUAUAUAAUUUGCGGCUUGUAUUAGAUAAUUUUAUAUGGUGUUAUUUAGUUGUAUUGAUGAUAAUUUUUAUAAAUCU